AGGUUGCAUGAACUUUUGUCACCGCCCACUUGCACUUGUUACUGUUGCAGGCUUUAUUGCCACGGGAGACCCCAAACUAUCUGUGCCUGUCAUCGCCAUCGCAAUGGGAAGAAGCCUGCUGUGUGUCUAUUUGCUUGUUUUAGUCAUUUUCCAAGAGGCGUGUGGCUUAAAGAUUCAGAACAAGCUGCUGGGUAAAUGUCUGCAGGUGCAUGAAGGAACUUUGGGAGGCAGAGUAUCUCUGGGUGACUGCAGCCCAUAUUCGGCCCUACAGGAAUGGCGUUGGCUACCAGAGAGCCAGGCUCUCAGCAAUCACCACACUGGGGACUGUCUGACUGCACCAGGAGAGCAGUAUGAAGGUGUCCUCCUGCAGCGCUGCGUUUUUCGGGCUGGAAGUGACGAGUCUGAUGCCGGAUUGGCAGUGGUGGAUACAGGCAGAGGGGCAAGCAGCCAGGCAUGGUCCUGUUCCAAAAAAGGACACCUCACUUUGAAAGGAAGGGGGCUACAGCUUAGCGCCACACAAGAAUCUACUUUGGUCUUCCUUUCGAGGGAACAUAAGCAGCCUGGCAGCAGGUGGCGGACAUUUGACAACCAGACACUAUGCAAUGGGAGAGACAGCAAACAUAACCAACACCAACCUCAUCACCAUCUGGGUAAAUCUUUGGAACCUGGGAUUUUUCCAAGUGCCAUCUCUGAUAUACAAAGACAGGCUGAACCAUUUGGAGGUAUAAUGGCCGGGGAUGUCACAGAAACAUAUUAUCCAGUAAUGGAUGUGCCUCUUUGGUCCCUAAGCACCAAAUCCCCUGCAGAUCCCACCAUGGUUUUCUUCCGUAUGGACUACGGGAUGGGCUGGAAGAUAACCAUGCUGGUACUAAGCUCUUUGGCUCUGGUCCUGGGGACUGUGAUUCUUAUCCUCAAUGUUUACUCCAAUAGAAGGAAGAAGGUGGUGUGUGUUUUGAAGUCAUACACUCCGAGGCCAGAGGUGAGUGUUCCUGGGUCCCCAGCAGCCAGUGAAAGAGCCCUGCUGACAGAGCAUGCCAUGCGCCUCCCACACUCCUCCCCCACUUUACGAGGAGAAAUCCUGAUUGAGUGGAAAGAUGGCACUGUCACUCCACUGUACGAGGCCUGAAGGCUCUACUGUAUUUUUUGAACCUAGGUGUGUUUAUGUAAGCACGCAUGGUUUCUUGUGCAAGGUUAUGUAACUGAAUGUGUCUAAAGGAGAGGAAUAUGAGGAAAAACAAAUGGCAAAAUUAGUAUUUUUGUUGUUUCUGUUGGCAUGGAAAUGACAGUAAGCAAAUGGUUUCAUAAAAUGGAAAGUUCAUGGAUCAGUAUCAGACCGUUUCUGUAAGACUUAGCUGCCAGAGAAGAUAAAAGCUGUUGUGAAGCUGCCAGAAUAGAAAAAAAAGUUAAGUACUGUAGGACCAUAUAUUUUCCAAAAUACGGAGUCCUGACUUCUGCCGUUUGAGAUUUGAGGGAGUGCUUGUUGGAUGAAAGGACUGUAAAAUAAAUUUAAGAAUUGAGUCAUUGUUUUUUGGCUUUAUAUAAGUAAAAUCCAAGGGCUCAACAAUGUACCAUGAUAGCUUAGGCCUUUAUUUAGAUAAAUACUUAGGAACCUAAUCUUUGUUUUCCUAUGUCUAAAGUAUCAUCUAGCCCCAAUUUGUCAUUUGUUGUGCUGUGGGAUUAGCUCAGAUGUCUCUUUACAUAAUACAUAAUUGCUUUUGAAGAA